AUGGCCGUUGCAGUUCAACCAGUUCCUAUCAGCCUCGAAGCUCUGUCCGACAACAUCGACGCCGUCAAUGUACACAAGACUGACCUGAAGCAACAGAAGGGUCUCUAUGACGAGUCCGAGUUUGACAAAUCCAAAGACAAGCAAGGGUUCCGCCAAUUUGAGGAUGCCUGUGAUCAAGUGAAGAAUUUCUAUGCGCAGCAGCACACCCUCCAAACAGUUGCAUACAACCUGAAAGCACGCAACGACUUCAAGAACAAGACUCGUGCCCAUAUGACUGUCUGGGAGGCAAUGGAAAAGCUGAAUACUUUCAUUGACGAAUGUGACCCCGACACCUCCGAGUCCCAGAUGACCCACUUGUUGCAAUCCGCGGAAGCAAUUCGUAACGAAGGAAAGCCCCGAUGGAUGCAGCUUGUUGGGUUGAUCCACGAUCUCGGAAAAUUGCUCUUCUUCUUUGGAGCCAAAGGACAAUGGGACGUCGUUGGCGACACCUUUGCAGUCGGGUGCGAGUUUGAUGACAGGAUCAUUUUCGGAAACAAGUCAUUCAAAGAUAAUGAAGACUACAACAAUGAGAUCUACAGUUCCAAGUACGGGAUUUACUCUCCUGGCUGUGGAUUGGAGAAUGUCAUGCUUUGCUGGGGUCACGAUGAAUACCUUUAUCACAUCGUGAAAGAUCAAUCCACGAUCCCUGAAGAGGGUCUGGCAAUGAUCCGCUACCACUCCUUCUAUCCGUGGCAUCGCGAGGGCGCCUACCAUGAGUUCAUGAAUGAGCACGACUAUAAGAUGUUGGAGGCUGUGAAGGCAUUCAACCCUUACGAUCUAUACAGCAAGAGUGACGAGCUCCCUGACCCCGAGAAGUUGAAGCCUUACUACACAGAGCUGAUUGAUGAGUUCUUCCCUACUAAAGUCAUCAGAUGGUAG